AUGGCUGACCGGGAAAAAAUACUUGAAGAUAUUCUUGGCGUCCUACCAGAUAUGAGUCCUCCUUGGCUUCAAUACCAGAUCGCCCUACACUUGGCCAUAGACCCCAACCCAUCACAUACUCAGAUGCGCAUUCUUGACUCAGCCUUUGCUUACGGCUAUGUCAAAGUUGCCGAACAACCAGUACCUCCCGGUAUACCCCCUAUCCCACGGCUGCCUAUUCCCGCGACUGCAGCUGCGGCUGUGCCCCUCCCACCAGUUCAACCACCUCAGCCGCGAAAGCGAAAGGCAUCCGAACCUACUAUCUCUCCGAAUAAGAAACAAGCACUGGACAAAACGGUAGACUUCACGCAAGUAACUAGGCCAUUCGUUCAGGGAAGAGACUUCAAAUAUCAGGAACUAUCUCUUAGUUAUUUGAACGCUGAACUUGCAAACUUGCCAAACAAUCACAUCCGCCGUCAAUUCCAUAGGUUCCAAUAUCUCGUGCCUGCAUAUUUAGCACUUCGACAACAGCUGGCAUCUGGCGCACUGGACGGUUCGCUGCUUAAAAAGAGACGCAAUGCUACUGGUCCUGUUGGGGCAGAAUGCGAGCCAUCUCCGCUAUUCCUUGCGGAAAAGCGAGCACUAGACUCCUACAUUGCAUCGGGAUGUAAGAACAUAAAGCUUCUGCGUGAAGCGGCCCCUCCUCAAGAAGUCGAUCUUACUCGUCCUCGCACUCCAAUCGCUUCCGCAAGUCGUUCGUCUAGUCGUUCGAGCUCUCCCUUUCCCGGACCAAGCCAAUCUACUGUUCCUAACUCAACCCAGUCCAGCCGCACGAGUUUAGGGAGCCCGGUUAAGAGAUGGAGCCCUCCGAACCACGGGGUUAAUUCGGCAAACCAGGGGCGAGAAUCUAGAUCCCCAUCGCCGCUGGCUCGACAACACCACUCAAGAUCACCCACUCCGAUAGAAAUCGAAACCCAAGCGACCGAUGCGAGCGUAGUUGUGAUCGAAAGCCAAGAUAGUGAUAUAGUGGUCAUUGAAAGUCAACGCGAUGAACUAGAGGUUCCGAAAUCGCCUCCACCAGCACGACCAGCAAAUCUAGAAUGCGGGUGCUGUUUCACCGAGUAUGAAUUUUCCGAUAUGCUGCAAUGUGCAGAAGGUCACCUGUUCUGUCCACAGUGCACCAAGAAGAAUGCUGAAACCGCAGUUGGGGACAACAAACCGGAGAUACUGUGUAUGGACCAGUCGGGAUGCCGUGCGCCAUUUCCAGAUGAACAAAUUCAACGAGUCCUGCCACCAAACACAAUCGACUUGCUUCAGCGAAUCCGACAGAAAAAGGCUGUUGAUGAUGCGAGAAUUCCUGGCCUGGAACAUUGUCCAUUCUGUGACUAUGCCUAUAUCAUCACGGACGGAGGCCCUACGUUUGUGUGCCAAAAACCAAGUUGCAUGGUUGUUAGCUGCCGCCGAUGCCGAAGAGUAGAACAUGGCGGCAUGACCUGCGAGCAAGUCAUACAAAGGGAGAAGAGUUCGCAAGGAGAGCACGCGAUAGCUGAGGCUAUGACAAUGGCUCUUGUUCGGGACUGCCCGGAAUGUAAAACUCCAUUCAUGAAGGAAACUGGUUGCAACAAGAUGGUCUGCCCGAAAUGCGAAACAGUCUCGUGUUACAUAUGCCGCCAAAAAGUAUCCCAGAUUAGUCCAUACACACAUUUCGACCGGGAUCCUGAUGCGUACGACCUACCGCCAGAUAACAGAAAAUGUCCGCUAUGGGACAUUGACAGAGCUGGUCGCGCUGGCGGGUCGCCCACUCCCACCCGCUAUGCUGCUGUCGACACGUCCGACCCAGCCUCUUCACCAACUCGUAUUCCACCCAAUACAGGGUUCCAAGACGCUGGAGACUUCACUCUCAUAUCGUCCCCCGAAGAUGUUGAAUUCAAGGUCUUCCGUCUCUUUCUCAUGACAGCAUCUCCCGUUUUUCAGGACAUCCUAACCUCGGGAUCUGGUCCCCCAGUCAUGAAGCUCUCCGAAGAUGCUGAAACCGUUGCCGCGCUGCUCCAAUACAUAUAUCCACGUGAAAAUCCUACGAUCAAGAGCUAUGUACUGUUUGAAAAGGUGCUGGAGGCGGCUCGAAAGUAUGAGCUGGGAUUUAUCACUUCCGACCUUCGGGCAUCUAUGCGCUCAGAAUCACCAGCCCUCACAUGGCUCCGCACGGAACCCCUACGAAUUUACGCCCUUGCGGUACGACACGAGCUCAAAGAAGAGAUCGCUAUUGCUGCGAAACUCACUAUCGGAAAAUACGACUUUGCGUCCGCAAAAGCUGCAUCAGAACUGUGUGCACUCAAUAUACCUUCGAGAGACGCGGUCAUGCUGAUGCGUAUGCACAUGGCGCGUGCGGGGGCUUUGUCAGACCUAUUGGUCAACGCCGAGUCUAAUCCACGCUAUUUUGCUGGGUUCCCGGUUAAAUGCGACCAGUGCAAACACGAGGGAGGAUCGGCAUCGGAGCUGCAGAAAGCUUGGAUGAAGGAGGCCGUUGCUCUUUUACGAAAGGAACCGUUGGAUAAGGCCCACCGACUCUUUGAGCAAGAGUUCUUCUUAGGCUUGAAGCUUCGGUGUAGAUGCGCAAGAUGUCGUGACGCCGAUCUGUACGAUCGAGCUCAUAAGGUUUGGGCAGAGGAAUGCCGGGAAAAACUCGUGGAGUUGAAAUUGGAUGAUCUUUGA